GGCCGCACGCGGUACAUUUCACGAUGGAUUUUAUGUUUUGAUUGCAGUGUGGAUAAAUUAAUAUUUUUAUAGUAGUUUAAGUGUGUCCUGCCGUGGUGCAGCGUUUGGUAACAAUGAUUCGGUUAGACCGAAGGAGUGUUGAUGUACAGGGAACAGAACGUGUAUUUAAGAAAGUUGUACACUCUGGGCAGAAUGCAAUUCGUUUUGUUGAUAGAGAUGGAGUACCAAUGCGCGUGCCAAACACUGCAGGACUUAGCCGUCUUCACAGCACAUACACUCUCAGUCCACGUGGUGUGCCAAUUAGGAAAUCAAAUCAUUCAUACAGUGGUCAACUCACUCAAGCAAAAAUGCAAAACAUGGUAAAUAGUUUGGAGACUUCAUCACAAGAAAUGACAUCAUACACUUCUAUGCGCAGUUAUGGGAAUAGGUUGAGUUCAGCGGGCUCAUCGCGACAUUACCUAUCUACAGCUAAUUCACAGAAACGCCGAUCAUUCGGUCCACCACGAUCUGUCAAAUCUAUGGCAAAGAGUGCUUCAAGUCAACGAUCUCAAAGAAUGGCAACAGCACCCGCUCCAGAUUUAUCUGUAGAACCAGAGCUAGAAAAUACGAAUGAAAGUCCGCAGGGAAAACGCUUAGAAAAAGAAUGGUCAGCCUUAUCACAAUGCCGUGCCUUAAAACGAUCAUCUGAGAUUGUAUCACAUAGGGUAGACAGAAUGUACUUUAUGUCAGGCAAUAAACUCAAAUUACAGUCAAAAUAUCAUGUAGAAGAUGGAGAAUUACAGCAUUUACGGGAGAUGCAGGUGGCUCGUGCAUCGUCUCGGGCAUCAAGAGACAAUAUUCUGAUAAAAUAUGAUGAUAAAACUUACAAGCGGGAACGACCAUUCAGUGAAAAUGAUAAAUUAGAAAAAAUAGAGAGAAAAUUGUCCAGUAUAGAACACCGACUUAGCUAUAUCGAGGAGAAGUCAGGGGACGUUAAACAUGCAAGGAAAAUUAGACAGAGAUCUAUUCCGGUAAAAAAUAUCGGAGAAGAUGAUAUGAUAUCGAGGUCAAGUUCCGAGUCUGGUAUACACGAAGGUAGAGACUGUGAUGUAGAUGAUCGUCAUGACAUAGAUGUUAUAGAUAAAGAAUUGAGUAAAAGACAAGCAAUGAAAAAGGAAGUAAAAGAUUAUGGUGAUGAAAAUAAUAUCCGAAACUCGGUAAAGAAGUCAGAGAUUCAACAAAUGCCGACAGAGGUAUUGAAAGAAGAGAUAGAUUCAGGUUUACAUGUUUCAGACAUUAUGUCACAUGAAGAAAAUACAACAAGGGGUACAGUGAUGUUUAAAGUAUUUGAAAAUUAUCCGAAUUCUAUUCUUAGAACAAAGCCAGCUUGGAAUAUGAAUAAGAAAGGCAACAAAUUAACACUAGGAAUUCCACGAGGAGUAAGAAGAGCCAAAUUUACAUCGAGACAAAAACAAAUGACAAUAGAGGAGGAGCAGGAGCUCAUUUGUAAACCAAUACCAAUACAGUGUGGAUAUUGUAAGUGUGACAAACAGAGAUGGUGCACAAAAAAUCAGAUGACAACUGAUGACAACCAACAAGAGUACUUUGUUCAAAAUUUUCCGUCAAGAAAACAACAUGCUAAAAUAUUCAUUGCACCAGUUGAAUGUAUUUGUCGGUCGGACCAUGCUGAAUACAAAGGGCCACGUUUGUCAAUUACCGGUCACCAACUUCCUUUGGUUGACAGGGAUAUGUAUAUAUAAUGCUGCUCAAUCUUUUUAUCCUUUUUUUACAUUUUAGCACUUUUUGCUCCUUUUUAUUAAAUUUUAUUUAUACAUGUUAUUUUUUUGUACAAGUGCAAUAAAUCUUAUCAACUGUGAAA